AUGGCGCUCGGAUUUCUCCCGGGACUCCGUGGCCUUUCCAGAGUCCAAACGGGGUCCAGCCCAGCCCAGCCCAGCUCUGCGCUGAAGCGCCGAAGGAUGAAGCCCCGAGCCCUGCUUGCAGUGCUUGCAGUGGCAGUCCUGGCAUGGGACCCGGCCAAGCGGCAGCGCCUUGAGAUGGAGCUCCUGGAGUUUCCUAGGCAUUUCGACAUUUUCUUUUAUGCGGACCUUGAUCAGAGGUGCUGGCUCCAGAUCACCUCGGCGCUGCUGGGCUGCAAACCCGUUGUGGAGGUGCAGCAGAUGGCAGCCUUGGCAAGCCCACACACAAAGGCACCAAGUGCACUCUCGAAGCGACGUGCCGCCGAGGAUGAUCAGCUUCCGGAGGCACCACCCGGCGGGCGGGUCAUUCACGUCGAGUAUUGCAACGACUGCAAGUUCCUUCCGCGCUAUCUCAAGCUGAGGAAGGCAAUGGCAGACCGCUUUGGUGAGCGGGUCCUCUGCUUUGGCAACCACGAGGAGACUUUGCAGGAACUGUGCAGGACUCCCAAACCGCGCGCCGGCUCCUUUGAAGUGGUCGAUAUGCAGUCGAAGAAGUGCCUCUACACAAAGCUCGGCAGUGGGCUCCACGUCACCGAGAGGCAAGAGUGGAUGGACCAGCUUUUCGAUGAGAUUGAAGCCCUUUGCGAGGCCGGCUGA